AGUCAGUGUUUGGAAAUGGAGUGGGCGGGCGUGUGUCAGUGUGUAAGAGAAUUAAUGAUGUCAGGCAAGAUCCAGGCUCGCGGGGGGGGAAGCAAAGAGCAUGAAACUGAGUGUAAACACAGCAGUAGCACGCAGAGAAAGCUGCCUCGAGUUUACCCCCGCCCUCCCUUCUGCCUGGAGCCGCCCUCUAUCAGGAGAGCUUCUCCAGCUGUAGCAUUGCUGAGGUAACGGUGCAUACGGAUCUGGCAAUCAUUUCAAGGAAACCUUACUAAGAAGUGUCGCCUUCCCCAUCGCCCUUAAGGCCAGUCCCUGUUGCCAGGAAGGAGAAGAGAAUUGCAGGGGAAGAUAAAGGUGUGGGCAAACUUUUCUAGCUGCUUUUUGCUUCAGCUACCACCCCAGAAGUGGGAGUGUCUGUGUCUUUGGCCAUAAAGAGCUGCAAAGCCCAAAUGUCAAAGAGUCCUGAGGCUACAAAGGAGACUUCUCUGCUGCCUUUGGAGGAGGAACCACCUUCAGCUCCAGUGUUUCCAUAUACAACUAAGUGGAUGAUACAGUAAGAGCUUUUGGGGAAAGAAACUGAGAUUUGUGUCAAAGAUCUGUUGCAGAACAACUGAAAAGAGAAAGCAGAAUGGACAACUUCUGAAAAUUGUAUUAAAGAACAAAAAUCAAUUGGAAACAUAUAAGGUGGACUUAGAGGAGUAAAGAAUUUUAAAAAGCAGCCAGAAAUUGGAAUUCCCUGGUUUGGCUCAAGGUCUUGGGAUAAUGGAUACCAUUGAGACUGCAAAGCUUGAAGAGCACAUGGAAAGUCAAAACAAUGACACCUCAAAUGGUUACGUUCGACCUACCCUAUCUGUCAGCGAAGAGAGUGAAAAUGGCAAUGGCAAACCUAAGGGUUUACCUAAUGGUUUGCGAAAAGGCACAAAGAAAUAUCCGGACUAUAUUCAGAUUUCUAUGCUUGCUGAAUCUAGGAACAAAUUUCCUUUGGAAUGGUGGAAAACAGGCAUUGCCUUUGUGUAUGCUCUCUUCAAUUUAAUUCUAACGACUGUCAUGAUCACCGUUGUUCAUGAGAGGGUACCUCCCAAGGAGCUCAGUCCUCCAUUGCCAGAUAAAUUUUUUGAUUAUAUUGAUCGCGUGAAAUGGGCUUUUUCUGUAUCAGAAAUAAAUGGAAUGAUACUAGUUGGAUUAUGGCUAAUCCAGUGGUUAUUUCUCAGAUACAAAUCAAUAGUGGGACGCAGGUUCUUUUUUAUAAUUGGAACUUUGUACCUGUAUCGCUGUAUUACCAUGUAUGUUACCACCCUACCUGUGCCUGGAAUGCAUUUUCAGUGUGCUCCAAAGUUGAAUGGAGAUUCUCAGGCUAAGGUGCAGAGGAUCCUACGAUUGAUUUCUGGUGGUGGUCUGUCCAUAACUGGAUCACACAUCCUAUGUGGAGACUUCCUGUUUAGCGGUCACACAGUAGUGCUAACACUCACCUACCUGUUUAUCAAGGAAUACUCCCCUCGUCAUUUUUGGUGGUAUCAUUUGAUCUGCUGGUUGAUGAGUGCCGCUGGUAUAAUCUGCAUUCUUGUCGCCCAUGAACACUACACUGUGGAUGUUAUUGUUGCUUAUUAUAUCACCACAAGGCUCUUCUGGUGGUACCACUCAAUGGCUAAUGAAAAGAAUUUGAAGGUCUCUUCCCAGACUAAUUUUCUCUCUCGAGCAUGGUGGUAUCCGAUAUUUUAUUUCUUUGAGAAGAAUAUUCAAGGCUCAGUUCCUUGCUGCUUCUCAUGGCCAAUAUCUUGGCCUCCCAGCUGCUUCAAGUCUUCAUGCAAAAAAUAUUCACGGGUUCAGAAGACAGGAGAGGACAAUGAAAAAUCCACCUGAAAGAAAGAUGAAGAAAGGAAAGAAAGCAUCUGCUCUUUAUUUUACCAAAACAUUAAUGCGAUAACCAAAGUUCUUAAAAGGACUAAACUGUAAGGGAAUAAGUGGACCAAAUUCUUGUGCAAUUGUACAAGACAAUUGUAGACAAAAUAUAACACCCCUUGAUAUGUUUUCUAUUCAUCACAUUUUACAGAGCUAUUCUAUUCAUCAGUACUAGGAGUCCACCACAGAUAGGAUUUAUCCCUGAGAAAGAAAAGAAGCAGUAGUUUGGUUUACUUAUGAGAUUGAGGUGCCAAAGAACACACCACACCUUUUGUUUAUUAAUUAUCAGUCAUCCACAAAAUAUCAUCUUUAGAGUUCUGGAGUUUGAGGGCAAAAGCAUACUAAAAUUUAAAGUUACAAUAUCUGUCUACAAUGGUGGGAAGUGGUUUACUGUAUUCUUCUUGCUAAUGAAGGUAAGACUUAUGAUAUAUGACUGGUGAAGCCGGAAGUGAGCCUUGACAUUUUAUGCUCUAUGGGAAUGAAUCUACUAUGACCCUGAAGUACUCCUACCGCCCAUGUACUCUGAUAUACCAGUUUUUACAUUUUGUAUUGGUAAUUUUAUAUUUAAAAAAAAAAAACUUAAAAAAAGGAAAAGGAAAGCUGUUGUGAUAUGAUGACACUGCAAAUUAGAAAUAAUACCUGCUAACAUCAUUGGAGCUCUACAAAUAUGGAAGUAUUUUUAUUUUUAAAACCUAUAUCUAUGUAACAAGAAGAAAAUUAUUUCAAAGUCUAAACAUUUAAUGGCAAGUUAGCCUGGGUCUGUAUGUAUUAUGUAUAUAUACCUAUAUGCAUUACAUAGCUAUAUAUACAUACUUUUGUGUAUUCACACACAUUAACCAAUAUUAGAUAAAUGAAAAGAAAGCUGUGUAUAAUAUGUUAUUGUAAGCAAAACUCCCACUGAUUUCAUUCACCUGCUUCAGGAUUGCAAAGUCAGUCCCCAAAUGGGAAAUGUAAAAAUCAAACAUUUUAAAUUUUUAGUUACUAUAUCUUGAUGACACUAUAAGCAUUGUGCUUGAGAGCCUGAUGUUAUGCAUUUAGAGGUUUUGGGUUGUUUUUUUUUUCCUUAGAAAUCGUUGGCACAAAUCUCAGUGACUCAUAAACAGGUGCAAGGUGAAUACACUCCAACAGCAACACUUCUUCCAGUGUUACCUAACCAUAUUUAUUAUUAAAUGUUACUGUCAUAUGACUGAACUGCUAUUCCUUUCUAUCAGGAGUUGUGUAGAUACUUUGGUUGGACAAACAAGUAUGUUGGUUUAGUAUGUGGGAAUACACAACUUUGUUAGUGUACAACAGAACUGCAGAUUAGCAGCUUACCUGGUCAACGUCACUUUUCAUGUUGUUCUUGGGGAACCUAAGUGGAUACUGGGCAGCCCAGAGUUUAACAGUUUAUUUGUUCUGUAUUCAUUUCCUCAGCUACUCAAGUAUUUUAUUUCGAAACCUUCAGUAAAAGCUGAUCGCAGAGGAAAUAAUUGCACUAAUAGUUAAAUUAACCUGUAACUUGAGUGAAAAAACGCUCUUAUUUUUAGAAUGUCUUGACAAGUGUAAACACUAAAAAGAGAAUUAAAUAAUGACAUUCUCAUUUUUAAAAUAUCCAGUUAGAAAAAUUAGUACAAAUAAAAUGCAAUAUACAGUACCCAGAUCUGAUUUCUUUUUCAGUUCACAGAGUCAACGACUACAAAAUUGUACUCCAGAAAAAUAUUUUAACUUGCAUUUCAGAAGAUUUUUGUGCAUUAUCAAAGCAUAAUACAACAAACUGCAUUUCUUACAGGACAUCCUGGUAAAACAUAGCAAAGUAAUGAUAUCCAAGCUCUUUAAAUAAAAAAAAAAAAUAAAAAAUUCUCCUCACUGACUGGGGAGUCUGAUGUUGUGCACAUGGACACAAGGCUAAUGUUUUGUUCCUGGCAGAACUUUAGUGGCUCACAAACUGAAACCAAGGACAUACAUUUGAAGAACUGUUCCUUGAAUUAUUAGCUAACCAAUCCUAUUAGUACAAUAUCAGCCUUUGCAGAUCCCCAAAGUUGUUGUUUUAUUUCUUGUUUGAGUUCAUCUACAUGGACCACAAUGUCUUUGGAGACAAACCAGACUACUGUGGUUAAUCUCCUAACUGACAUGUUAGUUAUUUUUAGUUGAACCACUUCUAAUAGCAAAGUCUAUGGAGGGAAAUGUGGGUGAAUUUCAUUAGUAAACCUGCUUCAAGAUAAGCACGGUAAAACUGUGGACUGAGCAUUCUAGGAAGGAUCAGAAACUAUGCUUUUCACUUGGCAGCCUGUUAGGUUACUGAAUAACACAUCCAUUGAUAGCCUAAAUAGAUUACAACAAAGUUCCACUGAGAUAUUUAGAAGGGUAUUUAGCUAAUGACUGACCUAUAGAAUAUAUCAAGUGCUUUGCUCAAAACCAAUAUCCUUAUUCAGUACAAUUUUUUUUAGGUCCCAUUUUGUUUAGAGGGGAGAGAAUUAAAAUUGAGUGAGUAGUGUUGGUUGUUUUUUAAAAAAAACAAAACAACAAAAUCAGUUGUAGUUUUGUUUUAGGCCCGCUAAGUGCUCAAAUUCCCUCCAUUCCCAUAUAUAUCAACCGAAAUUGUGGGUACUCAAGUUGCUUGCAUACUUUGGCCUUUAAACAAUACACGGAGUAUCUCAAAAGUUCUUCUUAUUGAUACAAAGAAAGUAGUAAACUUUAUUGUAUCAAUUUUUUUAAAAAGUGCUCAUCUCAUUCAGAAACAUUUUAAGCUUAAAUGUAUGCAAGAAUGUAGAAUUUCGGUGUUACAUUUUCACAAUAUAAUUCUAGCCUAUUCUUUAUUACCACACUGUACUAACAAAUCAGGUAUAGGCUACAGUCAGUAUAUAUGAAAAUGAGCUUAAAGAAUUGACAGCAAUUGUAAUAAAUGUUGGAAUAUAAAGUAGUUCUACAAAAUUUCAAGAUGGGAAGAAAUGGAGUAAAGUGGAUAUAAUCCAAAAGUAAAAAAGCUUAUCUGGAAUUCGUUCAUAAACCUUCACGGGGUUGAGUGCAGGAUUUUAUUCCUGAUUAGGGUGACCAGAUGUCCCAAUUUUAUAGGGACUGUCCCAAUAUUUGGGGCUUUGUCUUAAAUAGGCGCCUAUUACUCCCCCACCUCCCAACCCCCGUCCCGAUUUUUCAUACUUGCUGUCUGGUCACCCUGUUUCUGAUGCCUUUUUAUAUACCUUUCAUUUUAUGUAAUUUUUCCUGAAACUUUUCUUUGAUUUAAAUACUGUCUGUAUCUGCUGACAUGCCAUGAGACAUAGUUGAGCUGCAAUUUCUGUCCUUUGAAGAGAGCCUGGAUGGGCCCUUCUGAAAUCAGUGGAAGUUCCAUGUGUGCAUCUGCCAUAUCACUGAAGACACAGGAGCUGCUGGGUCCUUGGCACUUCUGAAAUCCAGGUCUCUCAUCUAUGUGUCUAACUGGAUUUAGAAGCCUAAAUUGGGCACCCAUAUUAAAAAAAAUCUCAGCCAUGGUCAUUACUUAAAAGGGUAAUAUGAUAGUGUUAUGCUCAGUGUACUGCUGGUUUGCAACAGAUCUGUCACAUUAGCAAAUAAACUUGGCCUUGUUCAACCACUUUA